AUGAAAUAACAAAUGGAAUAAAAUAUAAUAUAAUCAACUACUGUUAAAACAAUUAAAGAACUUAAGAAAUAAUAAGAGUUUAGAACUUCUAUUGAAGGAGAUGAAUUUGAAUAAAAUGAAUCUACUUAAAGCGAAAAAAGAACUCCAGAUGCUGAAACUAGCAAGACCCAAUAUACUAAAUUUAGACUUGCUCAUAAAGGAUCAAUCAAUUAAAUAUUACCCAAAUUGAGUAACUCUAAUUUAUAAGAAUCUACUAAAUCCUUAUAAAAAUAAAUGACUGAAGAGUUACCAAAUAAAUAAUUCGGAUAAAGAAAGAGAUUUAAUAGAUAUGCAACAUAAAAAGUAUAACAGCAGCCUUUAUAACUUACUGAAUAAAUUGAUCAAUCAACUGCUAUGAAUCUUAUUUUAAAUAAAUCCAAAGUAUUAACAGACUAUUAUACAAAUAAUCAACUGACAUCAACAUAAAUUCACUUAUUUCUUACAGAUAACAAAUAUUUUGUUUUUACCUUUAUGGCAUUUCUCAAUAGAUUAGCUGAAAAAGGAAUUUUGUCAGUCUCUUUAACUAAUAUCUAAAAGGCUAUUCUAUCAUAAAUUGAACAGUUUACAAUAAAUUAAAUCAAUCGAGAAUUAACUAAAUUAGAAUUAAAUAAAAAAUUGAAAGAUCAAAUGAAGAAAAUUGAAAUCAAAUAAAAUUAAUAUACUAAAUUUCUCUUGGAAUUAGAAUCAUCAUUAAAAUUUUUUUGA